AUGCUGAACCGCGGGCUCAGCUGCCUCCCCGUCGCCCUGUUGCUGCUCCUGCCGCUGCCGCGCGCUCCGGGGCGCGUCGUGGAACUCGCGGUGGCGGCGGAGUACUCCUCCAAAACCGACCUGGACUACGAGUUCGGGGACUACCGGGGCAAGUGGUGCAUCGACGACCACGGGUUCGUGUACGGCAUCGGAGAGGUGUACUACCCCAGCCCCUCGGCGUGUCCGUGCACGUGCACCGUCGACGGCCCGGUGUGCAUCCGACCCAAGUGUCCUCGCAUCCACCCCCGGUGCACGCGGAUCAGGUAUAAGGCGUGCUGCCCGGUGUGUGAGGCUAUGGCCAGAGUCUGUGUCUACGGGGGCAAAACGUACAGACCGCUAGAGGAGUUCAGGCUGUCCAGAUGCGAGCGAUGCCGCUGCGAGGCCAACAGGGAGGUGUACUGCAGCAUUUCGGACUGCCCGGCCCCACACUGCGUCAACCCCACCUACGAACCCAACCACUGCUGCCCCAUCUGUAAGACGGGUCCCAACUGCUUUGCUGGUAACAGGGUGAUCCCGGCAGGGGAGCGUGUCAACAUGGACGAGCGAACAGUCUGCUACUGCACCUACCGGGACGGGACGUGGCACACCCACCCUCAGGCCACCUGCGAACAGCGCCCCCAGCCCAGCCCGACGGUGAACCCCCGCACGGAGCCCCCCGGGGACGAGAACACCAGAGGGAGAGGGGGGAGACCAUAUAUUCCCAGGCUAGAUUUGAUACCAUGA